GUCCAAGACUGAGGGGUGAAUGUGGGGCGCCUCAUCACAAAGUGGGGUUCAUGCAUCAUCACCUCGAACCUCAUCUUCCAUCUCACAACACAACGAAAGCACACGGCAAGUCUCUUACUCACACUGCCGAAUCUCCUACAACCACCCUCGCACUUCCUGGCUUCUUCGUUCGCACUACCUGACAAGGCCUACUCACUCCUGGACCUCAGUCGAAUCUCGCUGCAAUGACGACACAUCAAGAUUAUGGCAAUAAGACUCCAGGCAGUCAAGUUGCCAAUGAGUUCUCUGACAACAUCAAAGACAAAAUAGUCCUUAUCACUGGAGUGUCGCCCAAAUCUAUCGGCCAACAGCUGGUGAUGAACAUUGCAAAGUAUGGCCCUGAACGUAUGAUUCUCGCUUCUCGCACCUCAUCCAAACUCGACACUGUUGCUUCGGAGGUGAAGAAGGAAUAUCCGAAUGUAUCUGUCGAUACUGUAAUUCUGGAUCUCGCAUCACAAGCUUCAACUCGGAAAGGUGCUGAGGAUGUUACCAAGCUCGUUGACCGAAUUGACAUCCUCAUCAAUAAUGCUGCAGUAGUUGACUCCGAGCUGCGUCGUACGGAGGAAGGUCUCGAGAUGCAAUUCGGCGUUGGUCAUGUCGGUCAUUUCCUGUUCACCACUCUCUUGAUGCCUCUGUUUGAGACUUCGGCCAAGUCAAACAAGGCAGGAGCCACUAGAAUCAUUAAUGUCUCCUCCGAAGGCCAUCGUAUUGGCCCUGUUCGCUUUCACGACUACAACUUUGAAGGAAAGCAAGUUCCAGAGGAAGAGCAGCCGUCCAACAAACAAGCGAGACUCAAGGAUGGUCAUAAUUAUUCCGUCUGGGUAGCAUAUGGUCAAACCAAAUCAGCCAACAUUCUCUUCUCGUUGGCUUUGAACGACAGAUUCGGCAGCAAAGGCAUCCGUAGCUACGCUUGCCAUCCUGGAGCCAUCCAAACAGAUCUCUCACGCUCCCUCAAUCAGAAAGAUCGUGAGUUCUUGGACAGCAUUGUCAAAGGCGAAUGGAUUACCCUCGAUCAAGGCACUUCCACUAUUCUGGUCGCUGCGCUUGAUCCUGCUCUAAGCAAGCCGCAGAAGGGAGUUUACAUGAGUCAGUGUCAGAUCGCUGAUGCUGCACCUUAUACACACGAUUUGGAUAUUGCGAAUAGAUUGUGGGAGUUGAGUGAGAAACUCACUUCGGGGCAGACGUCUCAUCUGUGAGAAGUUGGACGUUAUAAUCGAUCGUUCGUAUGCUUAACAGGCCUUUGAACUUGUCCACUUUUCCCUCGGGAAUAAUGCUUACAGUACGGCCGUGACGGCCCACGGAUUGCUGAUCGGCUUGGCAUGAAUCCUUCCAGAAUAGCAUCGAGUGCCCAAAGCCGCACAUCCGAUAUCAUACUUAUAUCGACUGAAGACACAAGAGCUUUCUGGAU